CGCCAUGGUACUGAGCUCACUCCUCAACCUGUCCGUGCUCAGACGCAAGACAAACGAGAGGUCUCUCGAAUCGCUGUCAAGACACCUACUGGGAGGUGCUUCGUAUCGGAGGGGGGCUGAGCCGGGCUAGAGAUGACGAUACAGUGAUCGAGUACAGAAGUGGAAGCCGCGGCAGUCCAUUUACACCAAAGAUCUUUGUCAAGCAAGCACAAUGAAGCAGGUGUUGGUACUAGAAUUCUGUUGCUACAAUGUACAUACCACGCGGGCGGAAAAGCGGGCUCUUUGUCGUCGCGAAUUCUAUUCCAAGCAACGCCGUGCCACACUUGGACUGAGCCCCGAGUGGAGUGCGCCACGGAGACUGACGAGCUGGACUGAAUCAGAUGCAGCGAACAACGGCUUCCAAGGAGAUAGAAGCAGGCAAAGGGCAGGAGCAGGUGCUCUAGGAAUCACUCAGACAAUCACAGGCCUGCCUGUGUCGAUGCCUGGAGUUCGGCUGGGUCAGACAGUGGGAAGCGUCAUGGUGGUUAGGAGUGUGAAGCUAGACAUGCUUAUUUAUUGGCACUUUAGCGCUUUAAGCGAGGUCAAGGUGCAGUUUACCAAAAGGGGGAACGGCACCAAGGUCGCACGCGGGGGGGGCCAGCAGGCGGAGAGCGACAGACGCACAUCCACGGCCGGGAUAAUUCCUGAGACAUUCGCCUUGCCGAGGACUGCGAGCGGCAGCCGCACACCCGCACACCACUGGCAGCAGCAGCAGCAGCAGCAGCAAGGGCGAGCAAUACCCAGCCGCUGAUGCCAACGACCGACUGCUUGCUGGUACGCAGCCAUCACUCGUCCCUCCCCUCACACUCAUCACACAUCUCCUUCUCCUAGAUCAUCGCCUAUCGCACUCGCAUCUGCGCCCGC